AUGGCAGGCAUCGAGCAGCUCGAGAUCCAUAGCAAGUCCUACAUUGUGCGAUGGGUCAAGGUCGAGGCUGGACACACCAUCUCGUGGAGCGUGCAGCCACACAAGAAGUCCGUAAACUUCGCCAUCGUCAAGCACCCAGGUAAUGGAGGCACGAGCCUGGUUUCGCAGUCGGACGAGACGGGCCCCUUGGACCAGCAUACGGAAGGAGGUGUCAGCGAUGGCAAGGCAGGCCUGUUCGCCAAAAAGGAUGCCAGCACUGCGCAGGACCAGCUCGCCAAGAAAGGCUUCAUCCCAAUAAAGUGGUACGGGAAAUGUGAGGCCGACAAGGUCUCGGUCGGGACCCUCGAUGUCACCGAGGGCGGCAUGUUUGGCUUGGUAUUCGACAACACGUUUUCCAAGCAAACCUCCAAGACGGCAACCUUCGUUCUCCUGACAUAUCCGACCGGCGCGCCGCCAGUAACUGCCCGGAACCUGCCCAAUCUCCAGGCCGGUCCGAAUGCCAAUUCCAGCAAGACAAGCUUGGGGAAAUACAGCAGCCCGCGUCUCGGUGCUGUCGCGUCCGAAUCGGUUGACAGUCUCCAUAGCCACCCCGCUGGGGCCGGGCGCACGCUGUCCAACGCCGGUAGAAGCGAUAGUGCGACGUCGAGUUCGUACCAUGUAGGCACGCUGCUCAAGAGGAGGCGCAAGAAGGGACAGGGGUUUGCGCGGCGCUUCUUUUCUCUCGACUACACGACAUGCACGUUGUCAUAUUAUCACAACCGCAAUUCCUCGGCCUUGAGGGGAGCCAUACCCCUAAGCCUGGCCGCUGUAGCAGCCGAUGAGAGAAGGCGGGAAAUCACCAUCGACUCGGGCGCCGAGGUGUGGCAUCUCAAGGCCUCAAAUGCGAAGGAGUUCAGCGACUGGGCCCGCGCCCUGGAGCGCGCAAGCCGCAUCGCUCGAGGAUUGGAGUCGCUUCCCAGCAAUGCCGCGGCCUCAGAGACGCUCCGAGCUGUGCAGGCAGCCACUGGCGGCGCGCCGUACCCCGGGCGGGAGGAGGACAACAGGGAGUGGAAGCAGGUGGAGACCCUGGUAAGCCGGAUUGUGGGUACGAGGGACGCCCUCCGACGCCUUGUCAAGGAUAUGAACGCGCAGAAGCAGACACACAGUCACGCUCUUCUCUCUCCAGGAACACCGACUUUGUCAGAAGACUCGGACAGCUAUUUCCUUCCGCAGUCCGACAGACGUCACUUCUGGAAACGCAAGACGAGCGCCGCCUCCUCGCCGCUCAUACCGCAGGCCUUCCAGACGGCGGUCGGUACUUCACUGGCUGUGCCGUCGCCGACGUCCGCCCCGGCCGCCGUGCCGAACGGCGCAAACAGGGCGUCUAGAACUCCCGCGCCUGAAGAGCGCAAUAUGCACGACCAUUGCGCAGCCCUGCUGAACGAUUUGGAUACUGUGGUCGUCGAGUUCUCAAAUCUCCUAUCUAGCAGCAAGCGCCGAAGGUUACCUGCGUCAUCUUCGGCCGGCCCGAGGAGUAGCUUUGAGUCGACCUCUACUACGGAAGAGUUCUUCGAUGCUGAGGCGGGCGACGCAGAAAGAUCCCAGAAUCAGCUCAUGAUUAUCGGCCAUCAUAGCGAGGAAGACACUCCGGCUUCGGAUGCGGAGGAAGCUCUGACGCACGAGAAUUCAUCGGUGUCCUCAAUGGAGGACGAAGAGGACUUUCACCAUUCCCCAGAGGGCGCCGUGAGCCUCUUCCCGUCAAAACCGAAAUCACUGGCGCCUCUACCAAUUCUGGACGCAGUCCGGAGGCGCAAAACUAUCCCGCGGGCGACCGUACCACCACCUAGUCUCAUUGCCUUUGUUCGCAAGAACGUCGGUAAGGAUCUUAGCACGAUCAGCAUGCCCGUAUCUGCCAACGAGCCAACCUCACUUCUCCAGCGCUCGGCAGAGCAGCUAGAGUACGCAAACCUCCUGGAUGCGGCUGCCCAAAAUAGCCAACCGAAAGAGCGUCUUCUCUACGUGGCGGCAUUUGCAGUUUCGCAGUUCAGUGGCGGGCGGGCAAAAGAGCGAGCCAUACGCAAGCCGUUCAAUCCUUUACUAGGCGAGACCUUUGAACUAGUGCGAUCCGAGGCCGAAGUCCCAGGGGGUUUCCGCCUGCUCGUCGAAAAGGUGUCGCACCGGCCAGUGCGCCUCGCUAUGCAAGCCGACAGUGCGCUCUGGUCAUUCUCCCAGUCGCCCGCCCCCACGCAAAAGUUCUGGGGCAAGAGUGCCGAGAUCACAACCGAAGGCCGCGUGCGGGUCAGUCUGCGGCUACCAGACGGCACCGACGAGCUGUAUAGCUGGAACAUCGCGACCGUGUUUCUGCGCAACGUUGUCAUGGGCGAGAAGUAUGUGGAGCCGGUCGGUACCAUGAACGUUACCAACGAAAGCACGGGCGCCAAGGCCGCCGUCGAGUUCCGCUCCAAGGGCGUGUUCGGCGGCCGCGGCGAGGAGGUCCAGGUCGAGGCGUACGGGGCAGACGGCGGACACAGCGGCGCGUCGCUGACGGGCACCUGGACCGGGGGGCUGCGCCUCAUGCCCGGGGGCACCGAGGUAUGGAAGGUUGGCAGCCUCGUCGAGAACCCCGCCGCCACGUACGGCAUGACGACCUUCGCCGCGAGCCUCAACGAGAUCACGGGCCUCGAGAAGGGCAAGCUGCCACCCACCGACAGCCGGCUCCGUCCCGACCAGCGAUUCGCCGAGCAGGGCGACCUCGACCAGGCCGAGGACUGGAAGGUCAGGCUGGAGGAGGCGCAGCGAGAGAGGCGCAGGGCGCUCGAAGAGCGCGGCGAGGGGCACAAGCCUAGGUGGUUUGCCAGGGUGGCCACCAGCCAGGACGGCGAAGAGGUCUGGCGCCUCAAGGGCGGCAAGGACGGGUACUGGGAAGAAAGAGCAAAGGGCGCGUGGUCCGGCGUGCCCGACAUCUUUACCGGGUAG